AUGAAUCGAGUCCACAUCGCUGGAGGUAGCGGUGUUGGUGUUGUUGUUGUUGUUGUUGUCGGUGGUGGUGGUGAUGAUGAUGAUGUUGGUGAUGAUGAUGAUGAUGAUGAUGAUGAUGAUGAUGGUGGUAGAAAGCGAUAUCGGUAGGGGAAGUGCGUGAAUUCGUGGUGCAGGUGGUGGUAAUGGUGGUCGCUACGGUCUGUGCUGUGGUUGGGUCAAAGUGGAUGGUGUCAGUGGAUAAUGGCGGGGGAGGGGCAGCUAGAGUGUGAUUGACGGUGACGGGGGUGGCGGUGGGGGCGAGAUUUGCAGAAGACGCGAGACUGAGAGAAGAAGUAGACUUUGUCUCGUUGAUGGCACAGUGGGCCCCGAGGUGUCUUACGAGACCGAUUCAUGCGUUGAAUGCGCGUCGGCAGCGCGGGCUUGUUGAAAGCGACGGAUGAUUGGCAUUGAGGAGGCGAGGCACAUGUGACUUGCGAGCCUCCCUUAUAGCUUUGGCGGCGGCGAUCCGACUGGUUUCGUAGAUGGCUGCGCUCGUCUACAAUUCUCUUCGUCAUGCCAGACUGUUCUGAGCGUGGUCCUCUCAUGUCUCUGGGCUGAUCUUUGGCCGUCUCGGACAGUCCUUCAAAGUGUCAUUGUAAUGCUGGUUUUGUCCUCCGAGUCGACGACUACCCAUGGCGACAUCAGCAUGGAAGAGUUGUCUCUGUAG